UGGGGAAAUACCCUGCUGCAGCAUAGAAUAAAGGUAACAGAAAAUGACAGCAAGACUUCCAAGAACAACCCUUGCUUUACUCUUUCUUGGCCUCUUUGGGGUCCUAGAGGCACCAACACUAUCGUGCAGAAAUGAAGAAGGUGAUGCUGUGGAUUGGUUUACCUUUUAUAAGUUACCUAAAAGACAAGACAAGGAAGGUAGAGAAACUGGGCUAGAGUACCUCUACCUAGACUCCACAAUUAGAAGCUGGAGGAGGAGUGAGCAACUAAUGAAUACCAGCAGGAGUGUUCUGGGAAGGACCUUACAACAGCUUUAUGAAGCUUAUGCCUCCAAGGGUAACGACACAGCUUAUCUAAUAUACAAUGAUGGAGUCCCUAAAUCUGUGAAUUACAGCAGAAAGUAUGGACACACCAAAGGUUUGCUGCUGUGGAACAGAAUCCAGGGGUUCUGGCUGAUUCAUUCCAUUCCCGGGUUUCCUUCAGUUCCCGAAGAAGGCUAUGAUUAUCCAUCUACAGGGAGACGAAAUGGACAAAGUGGGAUCUGCAUAACUUUCAAGUACAACCAGUAUGAAGCGAUAGAUUUUCAGCUCUUGGUCUGCAACCCAAACAUCUAUAGCUGUUAUAUCCCGGCCACCUUUCACCAGGAACUUGUCCACAUGCCCCAGCUGUGUGCCAGGUUCAACUUACCAAAGAUCCCUGGUCGGCACCUCACCACACUUCAGUCAGCCCAGGGACAAAACUUCCUCCACUUUGCAAAAUCUGACUCUUUUCUUGAUGACAUCUUUGCAGCAUGGAUGGCUCAACAAUUGAAGACACACUUGCUAACAGAAACUUGGCAGCGAAAGAAACAAGAGCUUCCUUCAAACUGCUCCCUUCCUUACCAUGUCUACAAUAUCAAAGCCAUAAAGAUAGCUCAACAAUCUUAUUUCAGUUCUUACCAGGACCAUGCUAAAUGGUGCAUUUCCCAAAAGGGCACCAAAAAUCGCUGGACAUGUAUUGGAGACCUAAAUCGGAGCCCACACCAAGCCUCCAGAAGUGGAGGAUUCAUUUGUACCCAGAAUUGGCAUAUUUACCAAGCAUUUCAAAGAUUAGUUUUAUAUUAUGAGGACUGUAACUAGACUUAGGGAAAGGACAUAUAUACUCAUUGAAAACAUUGAUAAUGAGAUUUCUU